AUGCGGCGGUUAAUCAACAACAAAAAAUUAAUCUUUGUAAUUGUUGUUGUUUUAGUAGAAUUUGCGUAUGUGUGUUUUUGGAGCUUAAACAUACAAAUUCCACAUUUUAACUUUACUAAACAGUUUAUCAACCAAAAUUUCAAUUCGACUUUUCUUGGCUUUGAUCAUAUUUAUGUUAUUAACAUUUCAAGUCUGCCGGGAACAUAUGAAAGAUUAAAAUUAAUAGAGAAUAAAUUAAAUUUAAAUUUCGAGUUUUUUCCUGCCGUUUCUCAAUUUGAUAAUGAAUUGCUUAACGAAUUUAAUCAAAGUGAAUUAUCAUCAUCUCAAAAAGCUUAUUAUUUUAGUCAUUAUAAGAUUUAUCAAUCAAUUGCACAACAUAAAUAUGAAAGUGCUUUAAUUUUAGAAGAUGAUAUAGAUUUUGAACAUAAUAUCACAUCGAUUAUGACUGAAAUUUAUCAGACUUUAUCAGCUGAUUGGGAAAUCCUAUAUCUUGGCCAUUGUAGUGAUUGGGAAAGAAAUUCUGAUAUGUAUUUAUCUGAAAAUAAUAAUAAUAGUCCAUCCACUUAUAAGAUUUUUAAAUCAAAAAGACCAUAUUGCACACAUGCUUAUGCAGUUUCAUACGCUGGUGCUCUUAAGCUGUUACAAAAACUUCAUAAUAUAACAACCAAUCCAAUUGAUCUUGAAUUGGUUAACAUUAUUAAAUCAAAUGAAAUCUCUUCAUAUACUAUUGUACCACCGGUCAUAUCACGAUGGCGCUUUGAUAAGUCAACAGAUCUUUAUCCGGGCAGAAAUACUUCAAAUUUAUUCUCUUUAAAGAAUUCAACAUUACAUUCUCUUGGACUUAAUUAUGUAUUAAAUAAUACUCUCGGAUUUAGUCAUAUUUAUAUUAUUAAUCGCGUAAAUCGGGUAGAUAGACGUGAAAAUUUUGAAUCUGUAGCGAAAAAACUUAAUUUAAAUUUCGAAUUUUUCACUGCGCUUCCUAAGGAUGAUAAAGAAGCACUCAAAGAACUUAGAUUAGCCGAUAAUGCAGGUUUAAUGCAAACUCAAAUUGCUAGUUACCUUAGUCAUUAUAAAAUUUAUCAAUCAGUUAUUAAUAAUGAAUAUGAUACCGCUCUGAUAUUAGAAGAUUAUAUAGAGUUUGAGCCUAAUAUUGAUACAAUUAUUACUGACACAUUUAAAUUUCUACCUUCUGAUUGGGAUCUCUUUUAUUUCGGUCAUUGUAGUGACCAUGAAGCAUCCGGCCUUUUUAUAGAUGGCCAAGAUAGCUCUGCAGUUUAUAAAUUGUAUCGUUCUAGGCAUCCACUUUGCACUCAUGGUUAUGCUAUCUCUCGUGCUGGAGCCUUCAAAUUAAUUGAAAUGCUUAUCCCAGCAUCUCAAGCAAUUGAUAGUGAAUUGGCCGAGUUGAAUUUUUUAGGACUUAUUAAUUCUUAUUCUAUUGUACCACCAGCCAUAGUACAAUGGGGCUCUUCAAGUAAUCCUUCAAGUAUUGCCUCUAUUUGA